AUCCUCGUCGAGCCAAAGCCGCGCCACUGCGCCAACCAUGGAGAGGCUUAUCUCUUCCCCGCCGCUCCUCCGCCGCGCGCCCGUCGCCGCCGCGGCCGCGGCAAGGCCCCGCGCGCACAGGCCUCUAUCCAUCCUCGCGCACUCCGUCUCCAUAUUCCGCGGCGGCGGAGGACGGCUCAUCAGGCCGCCCCUCGCGUCGUUCCUUGUCGCCAGGCACCGCCCCACGGCGGCGGUCCCAGCCGGCGCUGCUCCAUCGGCGGCGAAGGCGGAUGGCGAGGAAGAUGGUGGCGCGUCCACCACCAGCCGCAGCUUCUUCCAGAAGGUGACUUGUGCUGCAGCUGCCACUCUGCUCUCGGCGAUCGUCCUGACGCUGGUCGUCCAGCCAUCGUGGGCGCCGCCGGCGCUGGCGCACUUCCACCCGACGGCCAAGGCGGCGGGCACGACGACGCUGUUCAAGUCGGAGCUGCUGGGCAGCGCGUGGACGGGGUUCCUGGCUGGUUGCCUGCACACGCUGUCGGGGCCGGACCACCUGGCGGCGCUGGCGCCGCUGUCCAUCGGGCGGUCCAGGGUGGAGAGCGCGGCGGUGGGCGCGCUCUGGGGCUGCGGCCACGACGCCGGCCAGGUGCUCUUCGGCCUGCUCUUCCUCGGCCUCAGGGACCGCCUCCACAUCGAGGUCAUCCGCACCUGGAGCACCCGCGUCGUCGCGCUCACGCUGCUCGUCAUCGGCGCGCUCGGCAUCCGCGAGGCCAGCGAGGUGCCCACGCCGUGCGUCGCGCUGGACAACGCCGGCCAUGGCCACGGCCACGGCCACCACCACCCGGCAGCCGCCACGGAGACGACGCUGCCGGCGGCGGGCGGCAAGACGAAGAUCAACUUCGCCACGUUCGCCACCGGGAUCGUCCACGGCCUGCAGCCGGACGCGCUCAUGAUGAUCCUGCCGGCGCUCGCCCUCCCGUCGCGCCUCGCCGGCGCCGCGUUCCUCGGCAUGUUCCUCGUCGGGACCGUCGUCUCCAUGGGGAGCUAUACCGUCUUCAUCGGCUCGUGUACGGAGGCGCUCAAGGACAGGGUUCCCCGGAUCACCGAGAAGCUCACGUGGGCUGCGUCGCUGCUCGCCAUAUCCAUGGGGCUUGCCAUCCUCGUCAGCCAAUCCUUCGGAAUCACCUUGUACUGACAUCCACUCGCUACUUUGAAACAACACGAGCCGCCGUCUUCUUGCUCCCAUUGCUCUGUUUUUCUGUUGCUGUUAAGUAGUAGGAACGAACUUGGAGUGAGAAUUUUUCCUGUCAUGUUUUAGGAUUAAUCGUCAGAUGAAUGAACUGUAUAAGAUGAUUUUUGUUUGGAUAUAGUCGGAUUCACAUCAAUCUACAUAUGUUGGGUGGACUGAAAUGGAACUUGAACUAAAUUACACCCUAAUCCACCCAACACAUGUGGAUGUGGAUUGUGCUAAAUCCGAUAUAAUAACAUCCAAACAGGCCCUUAGGUGGUCUUCAGAUCAGUGAGAUGCAUAUAUAAGAUGAUCGUUUCAGACA